UGAGGGGGCGGGACGAGGCUUAAAAGUAAAGCUGCCCCUGGAGCGUUUGGCGCGAAGUUGGCUCAGCCGAGCUUCUUGCGUCGACGCCGCCUCAGUACGCCAUGGUUCCCAAGAAAUGCGCAGAAACCCAGAAGUCCCCCGACGUUGCGCGGCUCCUCAAGAGCAAAAGCCCCAGAAGUCCUCAGGAGCUGGAGACCGAAGCCAAGAAGCUGUGUGCGCAGGGUCUCGUAUCCAGCAGGAAAUGUGAGUCAUGCUGCCUUUUGGCAGAGAUGUCUGGCCUGCAGACCCCGCCCCGGAGUAGCAGCAUCAUCAGGGAUCUUUACCAGCAGAAGUUAGGCAGAGCCACUUGGCCAUCACUACAGCAGGGUCUCCAAAAGUCCUUUUUGCACUCUCUGGCUUCUUACCGGGUAUUCCAAAAAGCUGCCCCCUUUGACAGGAGGACUACAUCGUUGACAUGGCACCCGACUCAUCCCAGUACCGUGGCUGUGGGCUCCAAAGGGGGGGAUAUCAUGAUCUGGAACUUUGGCAUAAAGGACAAACCUAUCUUCAUUAAAGGGAUGGGAGCUGGAGGAAGCAUCACUGGGCUGAAGUUUAACCAUCUCAAUUCGAACCAAUUUUUUGCUUCCUCAAUGGAGGGAACAACCAGGCUGCAGGAUUUUACAGGCAACACUCUGCAAGUUUAUACCAGGUCAAACUGUUGCAAGGUCUGGUUUUGCAGCCUUGAUGUUUCUGCCAAGAGCCGAGUGGUGGUCACAGGAGACAAUAUGGGACACGUGAUCCUCCUGAACAUAGAUGGCAAGGAGCUUUGGAAUCUCAGAAUGCACAAAAAGAAAGUAGCCCACGUGGCCCUGAAUCCCUGCUGUGAUUGGCUUCUUGCUACAGCCUCCAUAGAUCAAACAGUGAAAAUCUGGGACCUGCGCCAAAUUAAAGGGAAAACCAGCUUCCUCUCCUCACUGCCUCACAGGCAUCCUGUCAAUGCAGCCUGUUUUAGCCUGGAUGGAGCCCGGCUCCUGACUACCGACCAGAACAAUGAGAUCCGGGUUUACUCUGCCUCCCAGUGGGACAGCCCCCUGAGCCUGAUCCCCCACCCCCAUCGCCAUUUUCAGCACCUUACACCCAUCAAGGCAUCCUGGCAUCCGAGGCACAACCUCAUUGUUGUGGGCCGAUACCCAGAUCCUAAUCUCAAAAGUUGUGUUCCCUAUGAACUAAGGACAGUAGAUGUGUUUGAUGGAAACUCGGGGAAGAUGAUGUGUCAGCUCUAUGAUCCAGGAUAUUCUGGGAUCACUUCGCUCAAUGAGUUCAAUCCUAUGGGGGACACACUGGCCACUGCCAUGGGUUAUCAUAUUCUCAUUUGGAACCAAGAGGAAGCCAGGUCACAUAAAUAUCACAAAAGACAGUGAAGAGGGUACGAGACAGCAACACCUGGAGCCCACAAAUGGGAAGAAGUUCUGUGAGAAGAGGCAACUGUUUGUUAAGGGACCAGAUGUACCCAACAGGAAUACUGUGGGACUAAGAUAUUGGCAUGUUACUGCUCUAGAUUUUGCUCCAGAAAAAGGAGCAAAGGUCCUGCCCUCAGGGUCCCUGCUGUCUUUAGACUGGAGCUAAGUUUAUCUUAGAGUCAAGGUACUUUUCUUUUUUUCUGAUGUGUGGUAGCAGAAUAACCAGGGAAUUUCUUUAAAUUUAUGUUCAGUCUUUACAUGGCCAAUAAAAGCAUAUCCUUUGUACACCAACUAAAAAACCCAGAAGCAGCUGGGCUUCUAAGCAGA